AUGUCAGGUAUUAACUCUAACCAGCAACAGCAGCAACAAGCGGUGACAGAUGUCCCUGAAUACUUCAAGUCCAAUAACGAGUUAGAACAAAGGAACACUAGGGUCCUUUCCAAUGACGAUAGUAUUGGAGAGUCACCAUCGGGUAAAUCCUCUACUACAAGUACCGGGUAUGGAUUAGAGAUGUCUAUCUUACCUAAUAGGUCGAAAAACUAUAAAGAAGCACGCAAUAAUGAAACGAGCAAUAAUAUGAAUAUUAAUAAUAACGAUGAAACAGGAUCGAUAUUUACACCAUAUGGAGCCACGGGGAAGACUUUGGCUAAUUUAACCGACUAUAGGGAUAGAGGAGGAGAUUUACAAAAUGAAACAGAUUUAACAGUUGCUGAACAAAUGUUUGACUCGUCUCAUAUCAAUUAUGAACGUACAACAACUCCUACAAAUAUACAUGAUUUUUUCUUGGGAAAAGAUAAUAGCGGUAACAAUAGUAACAGUAAUUCAAACAGUGUAAGUGAUACGAAUGUUCGUAAAUUCAAUAAACAUUUAGCCCAAGUGUCUCAAAAUAUUUCUCCAAAUAAUGAGCAUAAUAGAUCAAUGUCUCCAUUAACAAUGCCUUCAAAUACUGCAUUCAAUCAUUUAGAUUUUCCGAUCAAUACAAUGCUGGACAAUACAUAUGGUCCAACAACAGGAGCCACGGGACCAACAGCUGGAACUAUAGACAAUGAAUUAAAUACGGCACAAUUGGAUACUGUACUUGAUAGUUAUAUGCCCAAUGAAAUGAUUAACGGGGCUGACGAUAAUGAUGACAACAGUCAAUACGGCCGUCCAAGGGAUGUCAAUUUGAAUUUGGAUCUUGGUGAGAUAGACAACAUUAGAAGACACAGUGAAGUGAGUAAUCAUAAUUUGUUACCAACAAAUAAUAAUCGUGCAUCGAUUUCCCACCAAAUGGAUUUUUGGAAUAUGCAGAAUAACUCUAAUAAAAAUAGAGCCAAUUCAGAGUUCACCACGUUGGUAGAACCAACAGAUAUUACGAAUGAGGAUGAAAUGUAUGACCGUAAUGAACAAAAGAUGGAUAAAGAAUUAUCUCAGAUAUUAGGGGAUUAUAACUUAAAUUUCAUUGAUCCGUUUACAGAGCAAACUCCUUCCAUGGUAAAUAAUGACAUGAAACAAAUGAGACAUGGAUCAAUAGGUAUGACAAAUUCAAAUGGUGCUAUAAUACCCAUGUCUCAGGUCUCUACUAAUGAAUCUAACGACAAUUUAAAUGAUAUACCACUUGUCCGUAAGGAAUCUAUAAUAGAAGACCCACAUUCUAAGAAAAAAUUACAAUCACAAGGGAUGAAUUCUCCACAAUCUCCUAGACAAGCACGGCAAUACAGUAUCAGUAAAAAACAACAUAGAUAUUCGGUACCAAACUUGCAUGCGCCUUUGAACCAAAUGUACCUACCGACAACUAAUAAUAAUACUAAUGCCAAUAACAGCAACAACAAUAAUAUAAACGUCGUUCCUUGGAAAACAAGUGGUUCUCCGACAAGCAAUGAUAGUCUAGAGAUGGAAAGCCAUCAACCAAGAAGGAUAUUAUCAGCAGAUCCAAACAUAUCAAUGAAUUUCGGCAUGAAUUUCGGCACACAAUUUGGCGAUCCAUCGUUAAUGAAUAUACCAAAUGAUUACACGAAUGACAGCAAUGCAUAUUUUACCAAUGAAUUCUUAAACAACAAUUUAUCAACAGGAAAUAUAAACGCACAUAUGCCUUUACAAUUCCCAACGGGAACCAGCAAUAUGUAUGGUAAUUCUUCAACUGCACCACCACCUCAAGUGACGGGAAUGACAGCGCCUUACAAUCUUUCGAGACAGAACAGUAAUAGUGCUCAAUAUGGAAGAAGUAAAUCCACCACUAUUGCCAAUUUUGGCAGAACCCAUAAAGCAGAUAUUGCUAUAGCGAAAUCAAUAGGUCCUAUCUCAAGGACAAACAUAAAUUCAAGACGUAAGAGUAGGACUCCAUCGAUUCCUAACACUAACACAGUCCCAGGAGUUAAUUUCAAGGAUAAUGACGAAAGUGAUAAGCCUUUCACAUGUACUACAUGUGGCAAGAGUUUCAGAAGAAGUGAACAUUUAAGAAGACAUAUCAGAUCAGUGCACUCACAGGAGAGACCAUUUGCAUGCACACUCUGUGACAAGAAAUUUAGCAGAAGUGAUAAUUUAUCACAACAUCUGAAGACACAUAGAAAGAAUAGCAAACAUGAGUAA